UGCGGAUUAGAUAAAAGCUAGAAGUUAGUUUCCGCUCUUGAAACUUUGACUAUAUGUUAUUAGUUCAAAGCAGUUUAAAGAUUAUUAUAUAUAAAAAUAUUUUUCUAUAUCUUCCAAAGUAUUGUAAAUAUUUUUAAUUAAUGUAUCAAUAAUUAAUUAAACUCGUUGAUACAUUAAUUUGUCGGUGUAACAUAUCGUUCUGAAUAUUACACUAUUUUAUUAUUAUAUUUUAAAAAAAAACAAAAUGGGUGUGAGUGAAAUAAAUAUGUGGAUAUUGAUACGUAGGUACGAUCAAAUUGAAUCAGAAAACGAUACGUUACAAACAACUUUAAAUUGUUUUACUGUUGUACCUGGAGUAACGUUGGAUGAAUUAAGAAUAUCUAUUUAUUAUUGGGCUGGUAUAGAAAAAGAUAAUAAUAAAGUAUUAAAAAUAAGAAGACACGAUAAUAAUUUGAUACCAUUGUCUUCUUUGCUUAGAGGAUCCCACAAAGACAAGCCUUUUAUCAUUGAUGUUGUCGGAGUACAUCAAUUUUGUCCUGUAGAAGAACGGAGCCUACCACCUGGUUAUUUAGAUGCUUUCAAAUCUAAACUUGCCAAUUUAGAAAAACGGGUGAUGAUGGUAGAAUCAUUUUUACCUAAUAUGACUUCUUCUCAUACACGUGCGGUAGAAACUAUGGUAACUCAGUUAACAAAUUGUGUUAACUUCUUAGAUCAUAGACUGGAUGAAUUAGCACCACAAUGUUGGAAAAGUCAAAUUCAAUCGGCAGCCUCUUGAAAAUGGGACACCAAUAAUAUGUGACUGAGAAUGCAUGUUAACCUAUUUAUCGGAGAUUUAGAAUUAUAACAAGAAGAAUACAAAUAACUACAUUAAGAAACGGCAAUGAUACUGGAUGUCAAAUUCUAAAUCAAAACGAUCUUGUACUUUACAUCUACAUGUACAUAUGGCAAAAACAUAAGAAAACGAAUAAAAUAAUUUUGAGUGUCUCUCCAUCUCAUGGUUCUAACGAGGACACGGCUUUCAUGAAUUUUUGGAAAAGCUUUAUUUCCUUUGAAAAAAAUCGUAUAUAGAAACGGUGUUUUUUAGAGAAUAGCUUAUGUAUAAAAAUAAAGCUUUUUAAGAUAUUCAGAAACCUUUUAAUCCUUUUAUGUAUUAUAUGUAUAUUAAUUUUAACAAUGUAAUGUAUAUAUGUAGAAACAGAAUAUAAUCAAUAUUUAAAUUAACAAUCGUAAAA